AAGAAUCUUGAGCUGCACUUGUCAAGACUGGAUCUUUGCGUCUAAGUGAGUGGACUAAUAUAGUUAUCUGUUGAUGUAAGAAGAUAGAUCAUUAUCCAUUGAGAUAUUGGGCAAGAUGGCUGUCCUCCUUCGAGUAGUCGCUUUGUUGCCUCUCUUCUUGGUUUCAACCAAUGCAAAUUCCGGUGUUCCAUCACAAUGUAGCAUGUACCCAUGUGACUCAUCAUGUGACUCGUCGUCUCCACCCUGCAAUGGUCUCAUCUUCCAAGAAGAAUUUAAUUCUUUAAAUCUAGACAUCUGGGAACAUGAAAUUACAGCUGGAGGCGGUGGGAACUGGGAAUUCCAAUAUUAUACCAGCAAUCGCUCAAACAGCUACGUCAAGGAUGGAAAGCUAUUCAUAAAACCGACAUUAACCGAGGAUCUUUUGGGACCUGGUUCGGUGACAAAUUCAAGAUUAGAUCUGUGGGGUGCUUCGCCUGCUAACCUUUGUACCGGAAAUGCAUGGUGGGGAUGUGACCGAACUGGAUCUGCUGAUAACAUUCUGAAUCCAAUACAAUCUGCUCGCCUGCGAACUGUCGAUUCGUUCUCCUUUAAGUACGGACGACUGGAGGUGGAGGCUAAGCUACCUACUGGUGAUUGGCUGUGGCCUGCUAUUUGGCUUUUACCUACUCGUAAUGCAUAUGGAAAUUGGCCUGCUUCGGGAGAAAUAGAUCUGGUUGAAAGCAGAGGCAAUGCAAAUAUGAAAUACGGUGACGAAUCAGCUGGGGUAGAUCAGAUGGGAUCGACUAUGCAUUGGGGACCAUUCUGGUCUCUCAACGGAUACCCUAAAACGCAUGCAACAAAAAAUCUCCCUGAUGGUCAAACAUUUGGAAGUGGGUUUCACAAGUACGCACUGAACUGGACUAUGGAUUCAAUGCAGUUUUACGUUGACGACGAGGAAAUACUGUCUGUAAACCCUGGCAGUGGCUUCUGGGAGUUUGGUGAAUUCGCAGAACAAGCACCGGGAAUUGACAACCCGUGGGAACACUCUACCAACAAAUUAACUCCGUUUGACCAGGAGUUUUACUUGAUCCUGAACGUAGCCGUUGGAGGAGUAAAUUAUUUCGGUGACACAGCAACCUACAACCCCCCUAAACCCUGGACGAACGAUUCUCCCACUGCUUCCCGUGAUUUCUGGAACGCUAAGGAUGAUUGGCUACCUACUUGGAACGGCGAAGAAGCUGCCAUGCAGGUUAACUAUGUUCGUGUGUACGCCCAGGACGGUCAGACGACCUACCACUUGCGCGACCGAUAGACCGACCGAUAUAAACCGAUCGCUCUUGCAUGACGAAAUCGAUAUUUUAAUUCGACUUCAUUCAUUUUACAUAAUCCGAUUCAUAAACAUGGAUUGUAAACCGAACGUACGACACAAAAAACAGGAAUUAAAUCGUCAAGGUUUUCCAUGGUAACGUUAAAACGAUUAAACGUCACCACUUAAGAAAUUAUGAACAGAUCAGGCCAAGUGCAUUGUCUCUGGUUAGUCUGUAAAAUGAAUUUGACAACAUAAUUGAAUUGUAAAUAAGACGUUUCUCAAGUCGAUUUAUGAUUUUCUCUGUAAUGGGAUGAUCGGUUUCUCACUAUCAACAUCUGUCUCUAAAAACUCUUUGAUCUUAUCAUCAAAUUAUAUGUAUUGAUGUGAGUACCCCCCCCCCCCCACACACACACACACAAAGAACAGUUGACCAGGGAAUUACCUGUAUGAAAAGUUCUGAAAUAUUAAACCGUUGAUCAUUGUAGAGUUCUUCUGCUACUUUCAACAUUAUUCAUACCUGAUUAAAUCAAUUAUUCAUAUAUCGGCA